ACAAGAUACAAUAUGUAUGUAUUUUAAAGCCCUCCAGCUGUUGUUACGUCAGUAGCCUUGGAGUUGAAGAAAUCACUUGUAUUGUGUAUAUAUAUAUAUAUAUAUAGAUAGAAGAGAAAACAUUGAAGGAGGGAGGCGUAUAUAUGUAACUUGCUACUACUCCACAUUAUCAGAUCAAUUAGUUAUAUUCGCGUGCUGUUGCCUCUGCAUCCUCUGCAUACAUACAUUUACACACAGUAGAUCAAUUCGAAGAUUGGAGUAGUGGCAGAUAGAGUUAAGCGCAUAUAUAUAUAUAUAUACAUAUUACUUAUUGUUAGAAAUGGGCGGGGGGUAUUAUAGUAAACGUAAAAUUGGUGGCAUCAUAGUUGCAGCAGUACUACUUCUGUUCGGAUCAGAGACGGCUGUAAUGGCAGCAAAGCAUGUUGUGGGGGGAAGCUCAGGUUGGGAUGAAUCCACGGAUUUCAACUCCUGGGCAUCUGCUCAGACCUUCAGAGUUGGGGACGAACUAGAAUUCAAGUACAGUGCGGGAUUGCACAGCGUGGUGGAGCUGGGCGGCGAAAGCGCAUUCAAGAGUUGCGACGUUGGCGGUAGCGGCCUCAAGUCGUACACCGGGGGGAGCGACACCAUUAAGCUGACCAAGACGGGCACCCGCUACUUUGCGUGCGGGACGUCCGGCCACUGCGAUCAGGGGAUGAAGGUCAAGAUCACCACGGUGGCCGCGGAUGCACCGCCCACCUCAUCCACCACUCCUACUACGAGUACUAGUUCUAGUACCACCCCACCGGCUGCAUCUUCAUCUUCAUCUUCAUCGGCUUCUUCUCAUCACUUAAUUCAGUUUAAUAUGGGUUCUUUGGUCUUAAUUGCCAGCAGCCUGAUUGCCACCUCUUUGCUGCUGCCCUGAGUUUAUAUACGUUUUAUUCCUUCCUUGAUUAAUUGCGCUUCCGAUCUAGAUAAUAUCUACUCGUACAUGAUAUAUAUGCAUGCAUUUAUCAGAGUACGCGUGUGUGUGGGGUUCCAAUAUUAGCUGGCCUUAUUUCAUUUGUUAAAUGCGACAUUUUGUGCCUACCUGCAUGUCUGUCUGAGUUGGGGGAUGAAUAUAUAUAAUUCAAAGUUUUGUUU